CAAGUUGAGGUAUCUUCAAGAAUCUUUACAUGUCGAGUUAUUCGUAUUCGCUUUCUCCUUCUCAGCUUUACUUCACUUUGUUGGGUUCUGCUGUUUCCCCACAUAGCAUAGAACGAGUUUGGCUUCAUUCACUAGAGGUGGGUGGAAUCUUGCAUAUCAUUUGCAGUAAAAGUGUAGUGUUGUUGGGAGAGAAUCUUUCUAAGCACUGCCGCCGUUUUUUUCUGGUCCAACUCUCUUCUCUUUCGUUCCCUCCUUUUUGAUUGUGGAUUUACACGGGGAAUAUAUUCAUUCUAUUUCCGAGAGUAGGGUGGGUGUCAAAAUUUUCGGAAGACAACGUUUGAAGAGUGAAGACAGACAGAUAUGAUCCUAUCCUGGACUGUUUUUCUCUUUUGACAAGACAAGGAUUUUGAGAUCUGUUUGGGAGGUGAGACUUGUUGUUUUUGUUGUUGUAGUAGCCACCCACGAUGGGAGAUAGUGGUGUGACAUCAUCUGCUGCUACCAUGAUGGAAGCUCCACCACCUGAUGGAACAACAACAACAGCAACUUCAAUGGAUUUUGAUUACAUGGGUGAGUUUUUCUUAGAUGGGUGCUGGUUGGAAGCCUCUGCCGAUGUAUCUGACUUCUUGCUGCAAAGUCCUUCCUUUUCCAAUCCCCUCUUUGACCCUUCAUUAUCCUGGCCUGCCUUGGAGACCAACCACAAUAAAUCCCAGGAUGCUGCUUUUGGGACUCAACAAGAAAGUCAUAACAACAUCGUUAGUGUUGUUGCUGGUGGUGGUUAUAGUCAGCAGUUUCAGUCUGAGACUCAUUCAGUUGAAGGUGUAUCUGAAGGUGUCAGAAGGUGGUGGUUUGCACCCUCACCCAUACCUAGUCCUGGACCUGGGCCUUCUAUAAUGGAGAAGCUAAUAAGGGCCCUCAUGUGGAUCAAAGAUUACAACAGGAACAAAGAUAUGCUUAUACAGAUUUGGGUGCCAAUUCAUAAAGAGGGUAGGCCGAUUCUUGCGGCUGAUGACCUUCUGUUCUCACUUGAAUCCAAGUCUCUGAAUCUUGCAAAGUACCGCGAAAUCUCUGUGACAUAUGAGUUCUCUGCAGAGGAGAGUGACUCCAAGGAGUUGGCGCGGGGAUUGCCUGGUCGAGUGUUUAGGUACAAGGUUCCUGAGUGGACUCCUGAUGUUAGAUUCUUUAGGAGUGAUGAGUAUCCAAGAGUUGACCAUGCUCAAGAGUAUGAUGUGCGUGGAACGGUGGCGGUUCCAAUCUUUGAACAAGGAAGCAAGACGUGCUUGGGGGUUAUUGAGGUUGUGAUGACUACUCAGCAGAUCAACUAUGGUCCUGAACUUGAGAGUGUUUGCAAAGCACUUGAGGCUGUUGAUCUUAGAAGCUCAAAACAAUUAAGUAUUCAGAAUGUGAAGCAGGCAUGCAAUAGGACCUAUGAAGCUGCACUACCUGAGAUUUAUGAGGUGUUGAGAUCUGCUUGUGAAAUGCACAGAUUACCUUUAGCUCAAACUUGGGUCCCAUGUGUACAACAAGGCAAAGAGGGGUGCCGGCACUCUGAAGAUAAUUAUCUACUCUGCAUAUCUCCUGUGGAGCAUGCUUGCUAUGUUGGUGAUCCCUCUAUUAGGUCUUUUCAUGAGGCUUGCACUGAGCAUCACUUGUUAAAAGGUGAAGGUGUUGCUGGGGGAGCUUUUAUGACAAACCAGCCGUGCUUCUCAGAUGACAUAACUUCCUUAAGCAAGAAAGACUAUCCACUGUCUCAUUAUGCAAGAUUGUUUGGAUUGCACGCUGCUGUUGCCAUACGCCUUCGAAGCAUCUAUAAUAGCACAGAUGACUUUGUUCUAGAGUUCUUCUUGCCUGUAGAUUGCAAUGACAGUGAAGAGCAGAGAAAGAUGCUUACUGCACUGUCCAUCAUUAUACAAAGGGUUUGUCGCAGCCUGCGCGUUAUAAGAGACAAGGAAUUAGAGGAAGCUAACUUGUCAGUUGAUGAAGUGAUAGCCCUUGCAGAUAGUGGAUUUGCUAGGAAUGCAAUUUUUUCGGAACCCCAAUACAAAGGGAUGGUCGCCUCAUUGGAUGCUGAAGAAAAAUCAAGUGAAACAAUGGGUAGAAAAUUCUCUGACCUAAGGCAGCAACAAGAAAGUCCUAUUUUAAAAGGAAACCUUGACUGUGUUAAGGAGUGUUCUACGUCUGUUGAGGGUAACUUAUCAAGUUUGGGAACAAAUAAAACUGGAGAGAGAAGACGUGCCAAAGCAGAGAAAACUAUCACUUUGCAAGUUCUUAGACAAUAUUUUGCUGGAAGCCUAAAAGAUGCUGCCAAGAAUAUUGGUGUUUGUACUACAACUUUGAAAAGGAUCUGCCGGCAACAUGGGAUAAAGCGUUGGCCUUCUCGAAAGAUCAAAAAGGUUGGUCACUCUCUACAAAAACUUCAACUUGUCAUCAACUCAGUUCAAGGUGCCUCUGGUGCAUUUCAAAUCGGUUCCUUCUAUUCAAACUUCCCGGAUCUAGCUUCUCCAAAUUUAUCAGGAACUGGCUUCUUCUCAACUUUGAAUCAAAGUGAUUAUCCAAACUCAACAAGCACACAGCCAGAUCAUGGCUCAUUGAGCCCAGAAGGUGCAUCAAAAUCGCCAUCUUCAUCGUGCAGUCAGAGUUCCAUUUCAAGCCAUUCCUGCUCCAGCAUGUCAGAGCUACAACAGCAUCGCACAGCUAACGGUGCUGGUAACAAAGUUUCCACCACGGUUAGUGAAGAUUCUGCUGGUGUUGUGUUGAAGAGGAUCAGUAGCGAGGCAGAGCUUAAAAGCCUUAGUCAAGAUAGAGCAAAGCUCUUGCCAAGAUCACAAAGCCAGGAAACACUUGGUGAACACCCUAAAACUCAGUAUCAACAGCCUUUAUUGAAAACCAGUAGCAGCAAGGUGGAUUCUCACAGAGUAAAAGUCGCAUAUGGAGAUGAGAAAACCCGGUUUCGGAUGCCGAAGAGUUGGGGCUAUGAAGAUCUUCUGCAGGAAAUUGCAAGGAGAUUUAAUGUGAGUGACAUGAGCAAAUUUGAUGUCAAAUACUUGGAUGAUGACUGUGAGUGGGUACUACUCACUUGUGAUGCUGAUUUAGAGGAGUGCAUUGAUGUUUGUCAAUCUUCCGAGAGUGGUACCAUCAAACUUAGUCUACAACCUUCUAGUCAUAGUAUGAGAAGUUCUUUAGAAUUUAGAUAACAGAUUGAUUGUAAAUUAUAAGAUCCUUUGUCAUGUACGUGAAUCAAUCUUAGAAAAGGAACAAUUCUUUUUUUUUUAAUUUUUUUUUAUUAUUUUGGCAGAAUGUAAGGAUAAACUUUUGCUUAUCCUUGUGCUCCAAGCAAUAAGCAAAUUCAGCUUUUGUUUGUUUGGUAGUAUUAUAUAAUACCAUUUGUGCGAUUUAAUUCUCA